AUGGAAUUUCUGAAGGCAUUUAUUCUCCCAAAAACAUUCAACCGGUUCAGCUACGUAGAAAAUGUGUUUUGGAUCCUUUGCGGAGUUACUCUGAGCGGAAUCUUUCUUGACAUAGAAAUAAACGAGUCGAGACUCGACUUUGUUUGUGGAUCAAGUGAUGACGGCAAGGAACUGAUUCUUGGGAUGUGUUGGGAACAGUAUGAAAAACAAAACAACAAAUUCGGAGUUCCUAUAUACGGUUUCGUCAUUCUUAACUUCUUUCUUACUGCAAGUGUUUGGGCAAUUUACUCACAAGCGGUGAAGUCAAGAGUUAAUGAACUUGAAGAGGGGACCAACAAACGCUCAACCCAACCCGGAAAAAAAAUUUUUAAAGCCUACCUUAGCCAACUUGUUGUCCGAAUUCUCGUGGGGAUCUUUUUUGUCCUUAUACAAGCCCUACUGCUUUAUCCUCGUAGUUUUUCCUCCACCUUCCACUGCAACUUAGCCAAUGAGGGCAAUUUUACAGCGUCUCGCAAUGUAAAGCAGACACAAACAUCAUACGAAUGUAAUGAUCGGCGAGCAGGUAAUAAAACCUUCUGGGCCUAUGCAGUGAUCGUGGUCACUGGGACAUUUACCCUUUUUGUGCUUGUUGAGAUGCUCUACAUCUUAAUUCUACUUCCAAGGAAAGUAGAAGAGUAUAUGGAUGAUCCACAGUUUCAUAAAUAUUAUCUGAAAUCGAAUCGACCAAAGCCACGCACGCCGGACCAAGAACAACCUUUCACGCCGUUAAUUGAGUCGGAAAAGGACGAGCCGGAUAAUAAGCCUAGCAAUUCUCCUCGUCAAAGACCAUUUCGUCCGACCAGGUCUCAACACUUUUCAAUACGACUUAGCACAGCGGAAAAACAAGUGGAAUUCAUGGCAGUGAGCAGCGUUAAUCCUCAGCAAGAUGUUGCAUGGUUUACAAUUCAAAACUUAAACAGUCGGAGAGAGUAUUUAGUCAAGAUAUCAGUGUGUCCAACCUGUGAAUGUGAAGAUUACCAAAAAUUCAAAGGAAACCAACUUUGUAAACAUAUUAUAUGGGUUUAUCUUUACCAAUUAAAGGUGGACAAGAAACACUGUCUGCUACAACAGAUAGCUUUGAAAAGGAAUGAAGUCAGGCAGAUCCUCAAAAUACCUCGAGUGAAGGCUAUACUGUCCAAGGACAAAAGGAACGAUCAGGGAUGUACGUGGUAUUUAUCACACAAGGAAAAAAAACGUGGGAAAAAUCCAUGUUGUAAAGCCUUCCGUUGUAAAAGAGAAAUUUCACCUGGAGAGCUGUGUGUCUUUGUUCAAGGGUUGGAAGUAGUGAAACUUGAGCCACCCGAAGUCUACCAAUCAAAGUUCUAUUUCUGUCCACAAAUAGCCUGCCUUCAGCAAUUCCCACUAUGGUCAAACCUAACAUUUCCUACCAAAAUUUUAGUAAAGAACGAUGUCUCCCCGAGUCAGAUUGAA